UUUGCUUGCUGUGGAAGUUUGUGAAGAAAAGAAAUACAUUGAAAUUCGUUGAAAAAUAAUACUUAUCUGUACCCUUUGUAAAUUAACCCGACAAAUGAAAUUUCCGAUUGAUGUGUUUAUGUGAAACAGUUUUUCGAGUCUUCAAAUAAAAAUCAUAUCAUAUGAUUUCCAGAUGUGAAAAAUGCGUGUGGGAAAAAAAUUAAAUAUUUCGGAGACAAAGAAGACUCGCGCCUGCGUAGUACGUUUGGAAAAGCUAUCACAUAACUCAUUAUCCCCGACACCAUCACCGCCAAUACGAAGAACACAAUCUACUUCGGCUCAAAAGACUCAACAGCACUACCAAGAUCAUCAAAAAGGUGGAGGAAAUUCGAACGCCCGUCAGUCACAUUCUAGUGCCGCGGGUGGUGUUAUGGGAGUUACUCCCAAACAUCUGGCUGCAUCAAGUCAGUCUAGGGGGCCUAUUAAAAAGAGGCCAGUUGGGGACAACAACAGCAAUAGCCCAAGAAUAGCGCAGCAAAGGCCGCAAGCAUCAACUAUGUCAGCCAUGCGAUCAAACCAGAAAGCAAAAGUUGUAUCGCGCGCUUCUAAGGCUUCUACGCCAGCUAGAGAGGAAACGCCAACGCCAACUAUUGCCUCUGGAAGAUCAAGAAGGGCAAUUAAACCUAACCCAAAAUAUGCCAGUGAGGAUAUGGUAACCCCAAGGAUGGUACGCAAUGUAGGAGGAGCCGCUUCUUCUGCGAAAUCAUCAAUGGGCGCUGAUGGAAAACGUCGAAAAAAUUCAACUUCCUCAGAUGAUUUCUACAAUCGUAACUCGGAAGACGAAUUAAUCGACGAUGAUUCACAGAAUUAUGACACAAAAGGCGACAAAGCCUACAAACUAGAUGAGAAGGAUGAGGCUUUGGACUCGGAUAUAUCAGAAAUUGAAGAAGAGAUAUCAAAGCGCGCGCAUAAAGGAAGACCUAAGUCCCGUAAUGUGCCUGCAACACCAAGCGCUACAACCGGUAAGACGUCCUCUCAAACGCCUAAUGCUAAUGUUAAACGCCUGUUUUCUACGCCAGCUUCAAUGGUAAGAACGGCACCCACACACUUACAACAGCUUCGGCGUUCACUUCAGUCUGCAAAUGCCCAACGCAAUCAAAAUUUCUUAGCUGGCAGCGGUAGCUCUAUGGCACAAAAACGUAAGUUAGAUGAUGCUAAUGAUAGUGACAGCGACGGCUCGUACACAGUGGCACGUAAGCAAAUGUUGGUUACCACUUCCACGGGAGUCAAAGUACGAAUGCCCAUCAAGGAGAAUUCUUCAAUGGUUACAAAUCAAGCGAAUCGCCUUCAGCGCCCUUUACCAGUUCAAAAAACCAACACAAGUAGCGAGGGAAAACCACCAGUAAACGGAGGAAAUAAAAAUAUGCCACAGCCUCAAUUUUUAGCAAAGAGAAGAAUAAUCGACUCAAGUAAAAUUUCCCAGCAUGAUAAUACUCCAUCUAAAUUGGCCGCAAAAACAGUACCAAGUAGACAAAUUCAGCAGACCCCCGGUGGUAACAAUAAAACGCCAAUGUCUAACAAGUCUUUUGCACAAUCAACACACGCACCAGUGGGUGCACAGAAAACAUUGAUGGGAUCGUCGAAUGCUACGAGCGUUCCCAACAGGAUGCGAACAAGCUCUCCAAAGCCCGUAGUUAGGAAGGAAAGUUCAAAUAGUACUUCAAAACUGUUAACGUCCUCUACAGCAACCAGUUCUCCUCCAUCCGCGCCUACACAGCAACAAAAACAACAACAAAGUAAGUUGCAAACUCUGCCCAUAAAACCAAUCGAUAAGCUUAAAUCUGCAUUGGCUUCAACAAUUAUUCCUGCAAGUGGCAGCAGUACGCAGAAUUCUAAAAUAGCCACGAACUCUAAAACAAUUUCAUCGAAUUCUCAAGCGAAUAGCCAAACAACCACAAAGGCCUCGCCGAUAGCAACAACAGCUGAAGUUAUAUCGUUGAAUGAUGAGUCUCCGAAUUCCACAAUGGAUGACUUUGAGACAAUGCCUACAUUCACUAUUGUAAACGUAAAUGAUAUCAUUAACAAAAAAGGCGAUGUACUGAUAACAAAGUCGAAGGCUGGCUCUGCAAGCUUAAGUAAACCGGGAGUUAUAGAAUUCUCCGAUAGUAUUACUCUAGAUGAUGACGAGAAUGAUGAUGGCGAUGAUGAAGAUGAGGAUCGCCAUGAUGCCAAAAAAGCGAAAGGCAAAAGCAAUAAACGCGAUGUUCUCCCAACGAAAGUAAACAAACUACCCACUAUGAAGAACAGCCAAGUGGUCGACGGUGAGAAAAAGAAAUUGCCCACAGCUCGUAAUACAAGUAGUGAGAAUGUAAGAAAACAGCAACAAUCAACUACAACUGUCCUUACAAACAAUUUACUGACUAUGUCAUCCUCUUCGGCUAACAAGCCAAAAAUACUUAAUCAUAAACUAGGUCUACGAAAUAAUCCUCGAGUUGCAGCAAAAACCAGUACACCGGUAUCUUCAAUUCCAGAUAAACCGGCACCGCGUAUACUAAAUUCUGUAGUGGGUAAAAAGACUCAGCCUGUAAAACCCAUGAUUACCAAUUUAGAUGAUUCUGCUGAGGAAAGUUUCCCUUUGUCACUGGACGAAGAGGAGACCGAAGAUGAGGCAGAGAGCAAAUCCUUUGAGCAGAGCAAAUCCGAAAGAAAUGCAAAACUAUCCCUUCCAUUGGACACAGCAGAGGAUACGGAUUCGGAAGUUUCUGCGCCUGAGGAUAAGAAAAAAUUCAAAGUGUUGCUUCCAAAAAAUAGUUCGAAGGCAAAAACAGAUACUUCACCAGCAUCCACAUCACCAAUUCAAAGGAAAAAACGCCUGCCUAAUACUCGAAGCUCACCCAUAAUGGUUACAAAUAAUAAAAAGCGACUUUUUACGCCGGCUGCCGCCAAAGAAAAUUCUUUGGCAGCCACGAACCAACAAGUGGGAGAUGCUAAGUCACCAACAGAUCUCACGCCUACAAUACGCAAACCGCCUGCCGAAAAAGUUGUCAUAUCAAAACAAGGCGACAAAAUAAUUAAAAAAAUUACCUGUUUUGAGACAUGGUAUGUCAUCAACAUGCCAUUGGAACCCAAGAGGCAGACUCCCCUUGUGAAAAAUCAAUUAGAUAUGCCGUUAAUAAAUUUAGCAAACAGUGCUAAAGCAAUACACCUUCCAUCCGACCUAUGGAGCUGCAAGGUGACACUUUAUGAGUUGUCCGCUUCUACACUGGCAAAAAGUACGUUUGUCACCUACACCGGAAACUUGGAGGAGUACAAUAUAAGUGAAGAGGAUCGCGGUAAAUAUCAACCAUCUUGCGUUAUGUUCAGACGGUCCAUACAAAAUCGCCAACAAUCACGAAUGCCUUAUGAUCGCGCAGUAAUAUUCAAAAAUAAGACCUUCUCCACCAACAUCGAUGGUAAAAACAUUCGGUUGGUGGGUGCACCCAGCAUUAUAAAUAGCGAAAAGGACAUAGAAAUUCUAUUGGAUGUUGUAGAUGGAUUAACGUUGCAAAGCGAUUUUGUAGAAUAUGCAACAAUAAUUCAGUAAUGUCAAUAGGUCCAUAACAAUCAUGUAUUCAUAACAUAACAACCCAACCCCCAUUCACUCACUCGCUUACUCGUGUACAAAGAUGAAUAGUAUUCAUGGCAAUUGCAAUUCACCAA